AUGCAGGCAAGCAAGACUGAAUUUAGCACAGCCUUGAAAGAUAGCCAGGGAAAGCCACAGAACAUGUAUUUGCAGGAAAUUGAGGCCAUGAUGUACACAUGCGGUGACGUGAGAGUUCCAGAAAAAGAGUCAAGCACGUACAUGGAGCAGAUAAUACACGUGCAGCUGACUAUUUUACUGCACAGAGCAUACAGAAUAUCCAAGCUCAAAGGCAGCAAGAGAAUAGGCAUAGAGGACGUUGUCUUCCUUAUGCGAAAUAACCCGCACAGAGUGAAGAAGCUUUCAAACUACAUUAUUUUCAAAGAUGUUAGAAAUAAAGUAAACAAAGAGGCAAUUUCAUUACGCGCCACUGCAGAGAUCAAGCUGAAGUACAUGUGGCUGCCCAAAAAUAUAUACGAGCAGCCAGAAACCACACAGGACAGGCUAUAUACAAUUGACAAAAUAACAGAAGGAAUGACAAAGGAGGAAUAUUUAGACUUCACAGAGUGCAGGCAGGCCUCGUUUACAUUCAGAAAAGGGAAAAGAUUUAGAGAGUUCUUGAAUACAGAAUAUAAGAUGAAAGAUGAUCUUUUGGAUAUUUUGGGGUUUCUUGCAUGCGAGAUUGUUUUUGACAUAAUUAACGUGGCAAGCAAAGUGAAUGCGCUGAAGGCAAAGAAGUCUCAGAUAGACCCCACCAUAAAGGGAAUGUUUAAAGCAAGAAGGAAUAAGCUUCCUAUUACAGUGCCAGAUAUAGAUGAGGCAUGCAGACAGCUAAAGCAAAGGAAUAUUAUAUACUAG